GGAGACCUCGCUGAUCUAGUUUCUCGGGCAGCAGCAGCGGAGCAAGCAAGAAUAGCGAGGCUACCGACGUUUGAACAAGAUGAUUGUGGCGAUGGUAGGAAUUUCCCGGAUAUUCCGUACGCAGAUGAGGAGCUGGUUGCACGGUCGCUGGCGAUGCCAGAGGAGGAAACGUAUCCGAGGCCGAGGUUUAGGGAGAACCCUGGGGAUUAUAUGACUUUGGGGCUGAGGAAGUUGGGUAUGGAGGAGUGGCUUAUUGUUGAUGAGACAUACCGCGAGUUCUACAAUGCGAAGAAGUAUUUGCUGGAGACAAAACAAGCGGAGGUUAUUAAAGUAUUGCCAGAGGCGGAGGAUGCUUGUAAAGAGUUGAUGCAGGAGGUUGUGGGCUUCUGGCUGGAUAAAUAUCCGAAGUACUACGAUGUUGUUAAAAGAGCGGGUGUCAGGAAGAUUAGGAAUAAGGUUGUAAAGGAGGAACUGAGGUUGGAUCCACCGUAUGACGUUCAUCUGUUGGAAAUGUGUGCGAGGCUUGCAAUGGAGGAUUUUAAUAUCUUGAGGAAGAGUGAGUUCAGUGGGAUGCAUUACCUGAUUGCGAGUGCCACUGCCUUUCCAGCAGGUUGGCGUCUCUCCUGCCGUAUCGGAAAAUCCAUUUUCAACCUCCACGGCCCGAUAAACGAGUGGAAAAGCAAGCUAUUACAGCCCGUCGAACAUUACUUCAGCCGCCUAACCUCAAAAACCUGUUUAGAGUGCUCCACUUUUUUCAUCCAAACCGACCCCGACUCUCGCCCCCUCGAAGAACUCCUCUUCAUCCAAGCAGGUAAAGACUUCUUCCCCGGAAACAUCUGGAACCUUCACCCACAAGACAUCAUCAUCCGCCGCGAACGACAGAUAUUCCGUCAGCUUCCUAAAUCUAACACGGUUGCCCUCACGGUCAAAACGUCGGUGCAGAGUUUGACGGACUUGCCAAAGGAGGGGCGGAAGAACCUUGUGAGGAGAUUAAGUCGUGGCCGGAGGGGAUUGCGGCGUUUAAGGGGAGAGAGCUUUGGGGUAGGGCGGUUGUUGGGUUUUGUGAGGGGAAGCGGGUGGCUGUGCUGGAGGAUGUGGACUUAGGGUCCGAGAUUGGGACGUUGACUAGGAUUGAGG